AUAUAUUAUCAAUUCUGUUUAAUAUUCCAUGUUGUUUUAGGUUAUAGCAUUUCUACUUGUAUUUAGUUUGUUCCUAUAAACUAAUGAAACAGUGGAAUGUCCUGCGCUGCUGUCAUAUGGUAUAAUGGUCCUACUGGGAUUUUCCCAUCAGGAAGCAAACAGCAAAACAUGAAGCCUGCUACUUGUAAAAGAAAAAGUAAAAGCGAUCUUAUAGCACCCUCCCCCUGCCCAUAUUCUUUAAAUCUGAUCAUUUCACUUGGUCUUUCACAUCACCCUCUUGACUCCAGGAUGAAGGCUUCGACGUUCUUCCUGCUGUUUUCGCUCCUGUUUGGACUGACUGCAAAGCUACGUGCAGGACCUGUAGGGGAGCUGGGAGAGCGCUGUCUGUGCCAAAAGACGCAACAGGAACUCAGACAACAUGCAGUCAUGACUAAGGCUAACAUCUUUCACCCAAGUCCAUCGUGUUCCAAGACUGAGAUUGUUGUAACUUUGAAGAAAGGGUGGAAGGUCUGCUUGGAUCCUUAUGCAAAACAAGGCCAGAUGAUCUUAAGUGGACAGAAACUAAAACCAAACUUCAAGCCACAGAAACAGGGGGGGAAGUCCAAGCAGCAAAACGGUAAGAAGAACCAUAACAAGAAGAAGAGGGAGAAAAACUGACCAGUCCGAGCUGCUGGACCAUCAGAUACACAUGAUUUAAAAAAUGCACCUGAUCAUAAAUUAGCUACUUUUAAUCAUUGUUUUACAUGUAACUGAUUUCUUAAUCAUUUGUGAUAAUUGAUUAAUGAUUAAUAAUUAUGCUCUCACUGUACGAUCUCGCAUGAUGAUUUUUUGCUUUAAUAUAAUUUGCUGGAGACAAAGUGAGGGAGGAGAGAUUGACCUGAGAUUUGUCUGAGCAUGUGCAGAAGAGGGAUGAGAGUUAUGUCAAGGGAAGGGUGCUGAGGAGAUUUAGGGAUGCACUGAGGGGGCCAUAAAGGUGGUUAGAAUGACAGAAGAGGGUGUUGAUGUAAAAGCCUCUAUUAUGAUAGUUUCCAUUACAAUAGCUGGCAGUAUUUGAAAUUACAGUAAACUAGAGUUGAUCAUUGUUGGAUGAUGCUACUAUUAAUAAAAUGUGUGUUCUGACUAGCAUUAACAUGAUUCCACAACCUAUAAAAUGUUUACACUGAGUUUUUUUUGCUUAAAACUGUAUACAUAAAUGCUUUAUAAUCAUAAAUUUUUUUAAAAGUUGAA